UCUACCUCACUACCCCAACCUAGACACUUCCCAGCUCCCAACUCUUUUAAAAUCCCCGCGAGCAUGGCAGUCCCAGCAUCCGUAAGGCAGCUUCACAAAAAUACUUCCCCGCCACGCUUUCAGAUCAGAAGGGAGCUUCUCUAGUUGGCGAGAAGAAAAACCUAGGUUGAUUUCAAUCGAAGACGUCAAUGGCGACGCCAUCAACUGACAAGAAGAACGUUGAGGUGUUUGAUACGGAGGAGGAUCAAGCUGUUUCUCUGGCUAAGUACACGGCCAAUCUGUCUAAUCAGUUUUGCAAAGAAAGAGGGGCUUUUUCUGUCGUUUUGUCUGGUGGGUCUCUCAUCAAUUCCCUCAGGAAGCUACUGGAACCCCCAUAUAUUGAUUCAAUUGAAUGGUCGAAAUGGCAUGUCUUUUGGCUAGAUGAAAGAGUAGUACCAAAGGAUCAUGAAGACAGUAAUUAUAAGCUUGCUAAUGAUGGGUUUCUUUCUAAGGUACCAAUUCUCCCUGGUAAUGUCUAUGCAAUCAAUGAUAAGCUGUCAGCUGAGGGUGCAGCAGAUGAUUAUGAGGCUUGUCUAAAAAACUUGGUCAAUAGAAACGUGAUAGCUUUAUCUGAAGCUAGUGGAUUCCCAAAGUUUGAUCUCAUGCUGCUGGGUAUGGGUCCAGAUGGACAUGUGGCUUCUUUAUUCCCAGGCCAUCCUCUGCUCCAAGAAAAUGAGAAAUGGGUCACCUUCAUUAAGGACUCUCCAAAACCGCCUCCAGAGAGAAUUACUUUUACAUUUCCAGUGAUCAACUCUUCUACAUACAUUGCCCUUGUGAUAACCGGUGCCGGUGAAGCUGGAGCAGUGCAAACAGCUUUAGGAAAGAGUAAAAAUUCAGUUAAGCUUCCUGUUCAAAUGGUUUCACCUGAAGGGAAGUUGACUUGGUUUUUGGACAAGGAUGCUGCUUCAAAGCUGUAGAGUUGGAAUGUUAUGUUUGUGUGGUAGUAUGUUUUAUGUUCUAUUGUGGUUUAUGUAACUUCAAAUGUGCUAAUAUGUUUAUUUAAAGGAGUUGAAUAAAUCUGGAAUAUAUGAUAUGCUUUUACUUUA